UAACAGCAAACACUUUUCCAGAAAAAAAAAAUAUUGUUUAACCAAAAAAAAAAAAAAUUAGUAGCACAAUUUAUAAGUUAGAUUAAAAUAACUCAGCUUAAUUCUGGCCCUUAAAAAUAAAGGGUGUGGACUCUGGACGAUGGUGGGCGAUUUUGGGUUUAAUAAUUUUGAUGGGUUGCCGUCCGUCUCGCUGUCACGACGUAAUUAGCGCGUCGAGAACCAGUCUGCAAAGAGAGAAUCACCGAAAGCCACAGCGGCGAGAAGUAGGGUUGCAUCAGUUUUAGAUAUAAAUCAUGGAAGGCAAAGGAAGGAGGAGUAGAGAGAAGAAUUAUAGAGCUGCUCAUUGCGGUCCGGCCAGACUCCCGCUGCCUCCUGAUCCCUCUCAAGUCGAGGCUUUACCUUCUAAACUCCGCAAAAUCAUUUCCUUCACCUCUGAUUCUCUUCACGGUUCUGCAAAGGCUUCUAAGGAACGAAAAGCAGCAGAGGAAGAUGCUGAGAAAAAAAUGAGAAAUCUCAAGAUUCAGAUGGCGAGGAAGAAACUACGCAGAAUAGCAGAGAUGGAAAGAAAAACAAGAAAAGAAAGACGAAGCAAGUAUUUUGAAGCAAAGAAGAAAAAGCAUAAGAAUGCUAGAACAGAAGAGAACUUGGACUUUCCUGGAAGAGAGAACAUAAAAUUUGGCGAUGUGGUUGAAGCUUCACUGAAGUUGGUUACAGUACCAAAGGGAUCAAAGACCUUACUAGAUGCUUCCAAGGAGAGGCUAAGGUUACCAGCUAUUAAGCCCUACAGGAAUCGCAAAGGAUGGACCUCAAGACCAGGUGCACCUCAUCUACUUCCGGUGACUACAUGAUACUCAUGAAAACUAUUUCUACUUCAAGUUUAUGCAUCCAUUGACAUUGUCAAUUUGUUGCUGCUGGCUAUACUGUAUCCUUUUGUAUGAAUGUGAUUAGCAUGUUGUUGAGUGCGAGCUCAAUUUUGUAAAAGAAAAUUUUUGUCCUUGAUUUUGUUGAACUGUAACAACAGAAUUCCAUAAUGAAUUCACAGCAUGCAUAUGGCCAUUACUUUGUUUAAAUUGAAUUGAGCAUAUCAGGAUUUAUUUCCUACUCAUUAAGAUGAUUAAAGUUUUGCACAAGGAAAUUUCCACUUUCUUGCAUCUAGAGAUAAGAGAAGAACUUAACUGAAUUGCUAUUUCCGAAAGCUUUGCAUUAAGAUCAUCAGGAUUUUCAAUCCGUUGGAUAUAUAUGCCAGAAAUGCAAGCUAAUAAUUCGAACUCGAGUCAUUAUGCUCGAAUGGUCUGUUUUGACGAACUCGCCUAGUGUUGUCUCAACAACUCAGGUUUCACUUAGCAGUUUUCUGAACUCAAUUCUUCAGACAAAAGUAUGGUCAAGUUUCCGUGGUAAGUAACCA